AUGCAGAACGGCGGCGUCGACGAGCUCACCGCGGCCGCUUGCAGUGCUGUCAAGUCGCUGACGUGUGCGGGGAAGGCGAGAAUGUUGCUUGAUAUUUGUGUUGCGUUGAUUGAGGCCGAGAGAUAUGGCCCCGACGUGGAACGUUACUUGGACGUGUACUUGCGUACCCCUGACAUCGCUCAGGAAGACCUCAGGAAGGCACUACGCAUUCGAGCGAAUGCACGGAAAGCCGCUGGGGAGAUGCUCCUCGCUAAAGCGCAACAAGGUGCGAAGACGUCAGUCGCUAUCUCGUGUUGCACAGCAGCCGUUCACGGCUAUGCCUUCAUACACCACCUUCACGAGCCAGCGUGGCGCCGUGCUCCCGCCGAGGUUUGGGAGCACAUCGCCCGCUUUAUUCCGCGGUACCACCUGCGCACAUGGUUGUCCGUCUCUUCGUUCUAUCACGACAUUGCAGCGCGGCGGAUCUUUCACACGCUCGACCUUUACUUUGGCGGGGAUGACCAGGAGAGCGUGAAUCGCGGACUGGACGUGCUCGAUCGCGUCAAGGCGGACGCGACGUUUGCUGCCCGGGUGCGGACGCUCAGGCUGCAUUGGGCUUACGAAGAGGGGGACAUGUUCGACCUUAUCCUCAGACUGUUCCGCGCUGCAUUGCCUGCUUUCGCCGCUCUUCGUGAGUUCGAGUGGAUCGGAUACCCGGAGAUGCGCGUCGAGAUGGUGCGCACGCUGCUCUCGAGCCAUCCCCGUCUGCAAGGCCUCGGGCUGAUCGGCUGGCACUUUGACGCUGUCGGCGUGUCCGGCCUACGCAACCUGCACCGAUUCUGCCUGCGCGCCGAGGACGACGACGGCUUCGCGGACAUGGGCGAGGUGCGGAGCGUGCUGGACCACAACGCGGGGACGCUGCGGCACCUGACGCUCGGCGCGCACCUGCAGCGGCCGCACUCGUGGGACGGGGCGUUCCAGUCGGGGACGAUCCGGUCGCUGACGCACCUCGACCUCGUCGACACGCGGAUCUCGCACGCGGUGCUCGCGCGGAUCGCGCAUGCGGGCGCGCUGCGCUCGCUCACGCUGCACGGGACGUUCGAGGAGCCCGAGGCGGCGCGCGCGGUGUUUGCGGCGGAUUAUCUCGUUGAGGAGGAAGGGGGGCGGGCGCGGCAUGCCAUGUUGCCGCUGCUUGAGGCGUUUCGGUUUGUGAUGGUGGGGAUGGAUGAUCAGCGGGGGUUGUAUGAGGCUGUGUCGCAGUUUGUGAGGAUGAGGCCUGCGCUGAGAAGGCUUGACUUGGGCGGUUGUCCGUGGGAGCGCGUGCAGGGUGUCCUGGGUGGGCUGACAGGACUUAGGGUAUUGCGAGUCAAGUUCGACCGCCUGGAUAGGGAGAUCGUGGAUGCGUUGGUGGAUGCCAUCCCAGAGAACAUGGUCGCUCUGCAUGUAGCAUGCACGUCUGCCAGCCCUCUGCACCUAUACGCCACAGCUUUCCGGGCAUUCCCUUCUCUCUCGAUGCUGCACCUGCGCUCGCACAGCGCGGCGCGGCCGCAGCCGACGCUCAUGUCAGAUAAGGAGCACACGCGUCAGACGGAGGAGUGGCUCGCGAACGCGCGGAGCGUCGCCGCUGCGCUGCCUUUGCUCGACUUUGUCGGCUGGCAUGGAGAGCAUUACAUCGUGUGUGGGUCGGCUGGAACGGGCGGCGGCUGCUCGGACGAUCGCAAGGAAAAGGAGGACGGUAUGCAUGUGGAGCUGAAGGAGCUGCCUUCGCGCCGCCGGCUGGAUUGCGGGAAGGGCGUGGAUCUGGGCAGCGAGGACGCUGCGUGGAUGGAAAGGAAGGACGUACCGAUGGAUUAUGAGAUGGCGGGGUUGGAGUCGUGA